AUGGGUAGCUUGAGCGCCAAGACUGGUACUUUCCUCUUCACCUCCGAGUCUGUCGGAGAGGGUCACCCUGACAAGAUCGCUGACCAGGUCUCCGAUGCCGUUCUUGAUGCCUGUUUGGCCGAGGACCCCCUCUCCAAGGUCGCUUGCGAGACUGCCACCAAGACUGGUAUGGUCAUGGUCUUUGGUGAAAUCACUACCAAGGCCAGGCUAGACUACCAGAAGAUCAUCCGUGGCGCCAUCCAGGACAUUGGCUACGACGACUCCUCCAAGGGUUUCGACUACAAGACCUGCAACGUCUUGGUUGCCAUCGAGCAACAGUCUCCUGAUAUCGCCCAGGGUCUUCACUAUGACGAGGCUCUGGAGAAGCUCGGUGCCGGUGACCAGGGUAUCAUGUUCGGUUAUGCCACCGACGAGACCCCUGAGCUCCUGCCCCUCACCCUUUUGCUCUCCCACAAGCUUAACCGCGCCUUGAAGGAGGGCCGUCUGGACGGAACCAUCCCCUGGGUGCGUCCUGACACCAAGACUCAGGUUACCAUCGAGUAUGCCCACGACAACGGUGCCGUCAAGCCUCUCCGUGUCGACACUGUCGUCAUCUCCGCUCAGCACGCCGAAAAUGUCACCACCGAGUUUGUCCGCCAAGAGCUCAAGAAGGUCAUCUACAAGACCAUCCCUAACGAGCUCUUGGAUGACCGAACUAUCUACCAUCUCCAGCCCUCCGGUCUUUUUAUCAUCGGUGGUCCCCAGGGUGAUGCCGGAUUGACCGGACGUAAGAUCAUUGUCGACACCUACGGUGGUUGGGGUGCUCACGGUGGUGGUGCUUUCUCUGGAAAGGACUACUCCAAGGUCGACCGAUCUGCCGCUUACGUCGCUCGCUGGAUUGCCAAGUCCCUCGUCAACGCCCAGCUUGCCCGCCGUGCUCUCGUCCAGCUCUCCUACGCCAUUGGUGUCGCUGAGCCCCUCUCCAUCUUCGUCGAGACUUACGGUACCUCCUCCAAGACCUCCGAUGAGCUCGUCCAGAUCAUCAAGAACAACUUUGACCUCCGUCCCGGUGUCAUCGUGCGCGAGUUGGAUCUUGCCAAGCCUAUCUACUUCCAGACUGCCAAGAACGGCCACUUCACCAACCAGAACUUCUCCUGGGAGAAGCCCAAGCUGCUCAAGUGGUAA